AUGGACAUCGUGGUGACCAAGGCAAAAUAUGAAGGGAGUAUUCCAGUCAAGUUGGUACACUUAUUGACUGAAGACUAUAAAGUGAUCGACAUCAACGCGCCGGUAUUGAAGAAUGAUCGGGAACUCGUCAACAUGCUCAGUCGGCUCUGGAAUGUGAAGACUAUGAAGGAUUCAGAUGACUUAUGCAUUCGAUUUUAUCACUUCACAUGUUGUAUGCCUGUCACACUGCACACUAUCAUGCAGCCAAUCAUGUACUGGUACGAUAGAUUUGCGCCAUGA